AUGUUGGACUCCCCGAUUUGUGUGGAGAAAUGCCCGAUAGAUACCGCGCACCACCACAAAUGCUGGGACAGUUCGGAGAAGAUGAACCGCAUCGUUCAGGACUAUCCGUCCCAUCACUUCGGAUAUUUCUGCAAGCCCCUCGACAAAGCGCUCAAGAAGGAGGUCCAUGAGUACAGCUUCCAGCAGGAGAAAGGUGUCAUCCUGAGGCUGUGGGGCGUUCUAUCCAGGACUUGGUAUGUCCUGGUGAUGGGCGCUGUGAUCACCGGGCUCAUAGGGUACUUCUACAUCUUCCUGCUUUUCAUCAGCCCGGAAGUCGUGGCAGCAUGGUGCACCGUCAUAUUGACGGUCCUGCCAAUGGGAACCGGCGCAUUUAUUCUCUACACCACAUCCCACCCAGGCUCGCCACUGGCCGCCGCGUUUUUCGAAGACACGGAGUAUUCGACGACAGAGAGGUAUGUGGCAGGCACCGUUCUUCUAGUUGCUGGCAUGAUCGCUGCAUGCAUCGCAUCGGGUCAGCGGAAGUACAUCGAGGCUACGACUUUCUGUCUGGACACCGCUGGCGACUGCUUGACAGAGGAGUGGAGCAUUCUCUUGGAGCCCCUCAUCUCCGUUGCUGCCAAGGUUUUCAUCGCGUCGCUGGGCUUCUUCGUCCUCUUCAACCUGGCAUCGAUGAAUGUGGUAGAAACCCAGAUUUCCAUCGGAACAUCCUUACAGAAGAAGGAGUACAUCGAAUGGAGCACGCAGGCGAAGUGCAAACUGGUCUUCUUCCUGAUAUAUCUCAUUUGGGUAGAAGAGACUGUUGUCGCAACAUCGCGCUACGUGAUGGCUUAUGCCACAGAGGUCUGGUAUUUCACCGAGCCGGGCGAUGAUGGGCGUCGGGAACGCUCCUAUACUUGCCUGCUUCUUGAGGCUUACUGGAAUGUUCUACGCUACCACAGCGGGAGCAUGGCCAUGGGCUCCUUCAUCUACGUCUUUGGGCGCAUUCCGGCCAAUGUGGUGCGGCUUCUGCGGCACUGUGGCUUCGGAGCUCAAUGCUGCUACAUAGAUAUUUUGUACAACAUGGCUUUCGGUGCCUCUGGAUCUUUCGCGUACAUGGACCUGCCGCUCACCUCCACCGGCUACUUCCGGGGAGGGGUUCGAGCCCUGCAGGUGCUGUCGGGCGAGAUUGCAAAUGUACACCGACUCCAGGGGGCCCUUUGGAUUUUUCACCUGGCCGGAGUCGGCGUUUGCACAGUAGGUGCGGCCUACUCCGUCAAUGGCAUCAUAGACGUGGUCCCAAGUUUCUCGGAUCCCAGCAGUGACCUGUUCAUCUGGGACACGAGCACCGUUUUCAUCUCUACGGGCUUGGUCGGGCUGCUCAUUGGCCGAAGCAUCAUGCUGGUCUUUGACACAGUGUUCGAUACCAUCAUCUACUGCUACGCUCUGGAGAUGCGGCGGCAGAAGCAUGAAAGCCUCCUGCGCAUGAUGGCGGCUGAUGGAGACGGUGACGGUAUUCCGGACUACCUCUGCUUCUUGCCCCGACCUGGUGACAGCUCUGACGAGGAAAAUCCCGACAUGCUGCCCGGCACGCUCCUGACGGGCAGCUUUGCGCCCAACAGGCAGUGGCAGGGAAGUUCAGCGCUUUCUGCGUGCGGUGCUUGA